CUUUUGUUCUCAUUUCCAUUGACAACAACAACCUAUUGGAAAAAUAUUGACCAAAUUUUGGAGCGGAUUUUGCAAAAGCGAAGCGAAGGAAAGGUGCUUUAUCUGCCACUUCUGCGGCCAAUUAGCCCGGCAUAUUUAGCACAUUUUUUGCGCCAAGUCUUUUGCAAAAGAGCGAGCAACAGGUUGCCAGAGGUCCUUCUUUUAGUCACGGAAAAAGUCAACAUUUAAAAUGAGCUGUUGGCCGCCUCAAUGCCGUGCACCCUGCAAGCCCUGCAGCAGCGGACCCUGUGGAGGAUGCAAGCCCAGUGAAGGAUGCAGACCCUGUGGAGGCUGUGGAGGCUGUGGAGGCUGUGGACCAUGUGCACCCUCUCGCGACUGUUGCUGUUGCCAGCAGCCGUGUGCCAUGAUCUCUUACGAGCUGACGAGCGGUCCGGUCGGACCCGUGCUGCCCUGCAUGCAGUGCAUCUGCUGCAACGGCGGCUGCACCUGCAGCUGUGCCCCGCCCUUCUAUUAUGUGCCCAACAGGUGCGGCUGCUGCUACGAGUGGGGCUGUUUUGGACCCUUCUACUAGCCAUGGCAGAGGUGACAACUCAAUUCCUGCUGCCCCGCCCGCCCACUCGUCAUGGUUGUCCUGCCUGUUGUUGCACUUUUGAUGGAACUUUUCAUAUUUUUGACUGCAAUAAAUUCACGUGUCACACAGAGAUG